CGCGAGGCGCCAAGAUUCUGGGCGGUGCUGGAGCCGCGGCGGUUUAGACCCGGCGCUGCGCGGGGUCUCCGAACUCCUGGCAGCCCGGAGGGCGCAGGUGACGGGACCUGUGGCGAGGGGCACCCAGCUCCUGGACUGGCUGGCCCUGCCCUGCCCCAUGGACGUGAGUCCACCUCCCCUCUCUGCAGCAGCCCCCUCCGCGUCCUGACCUGGGAAGGGGGCCUUUGCCGAACCCAGAUCCCCCAGCUCUCCAGAGCUGUGAGAAACACUGCCAGAGAUGGGGGGGGGGGGGGGGUCAUUGCUCUUGUAUGUUAAGGAAUUUACCGAGUCAUCUAGUAGUCCAGGAGCUAGACAGCAACAGCUGCCUGGGAGUGGGAGGACAGACAGAUGCGCAAAUAUAGGGCUUCCUUGUGGCCGGAGGGUGGAGAAGAGAGAGGAGUGGUAGGCAGGGCUAGACUGGGGGCCCUGCCACUGAAACGUUUUCUCUAGUCAUCCUGAGCCGCUGGUGGGUGGUAAAGAAGGGAUGGGUGCCCUGGACGGCUGCUGUGGAAAGAGGCAAAGUUGCAAGUGUCCAGGCCAGCCAGUAAUGCGGGCAGAGGGUAGGUAGUGGAGGCAGAGACUGUUUGGAGAAGCAUUCUGAAAAAAAAAAAAAAAAAAAAAAAAAAAAGUGAUAAAUCUCAGAAGAUUCUAAGUGACCAAAGCUAAAAACUCCUUAGUGGCAGUGAAAUGGGGAAGACAAGGUUUGGGGGAUGAGUCAGAGUGACACCCUACUGACCCUCUCCACCAGCUGGUGGUCCCCCCAGCCUGCUGUGUCCUCGGUGUUCCUGUGUUUCUGCAGCCCUCCCUUGUCACCCCUUCCUCCUGUUCCGAUCCAGGCCUCCUCUAGCCCAUGGAAUCCAACCCCGGCACCCGUCAGCAGCCCCUCCCUGCUGCUCCCCAUCCCUGCCAUUGUCUUCAUCACUGUUGGCAUCUAUUUGUUGCUCCUGGGCCUAGUGCUGCUGACUAGGCACUGCCUGCUGGCCCAGGGCUGCUGCACCGACUGCAGCGCCCCCUGCAGGAAGCGAGGUGCCUCAGAGCCCCAGGACUGUUGCUGGACCUGCGCUGAAGCCUGUGACUUUCCUCUGCCCAGCCCAGCGGGCUACAUGGAUGCCUGCUGCCCCCGGGCCAGCGAAGCUGAUUGGACUCCACACUGUCCUGGCUGCUGCCCGCUCUGUGACUGUGCCUGUGCCUGCCAGCUCCCCGACUGCCAGAGCCUCAACUGUCUCUGCUUUGAGAUCAAGCUCCGAUGAAGACCGUGGGGCCCUGCCAUUUGGGGAGAGGCCAGCCCCCAGGCUCACGUGCCCCCCGUGCCCCCCUGCCUAAGGGCGCUCAGGACACCUCUCCAGCCCAUGGGAACCACAAAUGGCAAGUCCUGCUCAUCAGCGUGGGAGCGCCUGGCUCCCUACAGGGCAGGACUCGAGAGACCCCUGGGCUGGCUGGACUGCAGCUAACGUGGAAGGCUGGGAAAGACGGGGGCUAGUGCUGCAGCAGGGGCCCCUGCACGCUCCCCUUCCUAAGCAGACUAUUAUAUUUGUGGAUGAAGUUGGGGGGCACUGCUCACCAGACUGCAUCAUGGAACUCAGCCAGCCUUGAGCAGCAGGAUUUAAGGGUGCCUGACCACUGCCUGUCGAGUAUUCUUAGCUA